GCUGUGGAUCUACACGGUGCCCGCUGGAGUGGCAGCAGUCGUGACGGUGGUGGCCUUCUGGUGGAACAAACCUCCUCUCCCUCCCUCUCCCUCCUCCGAGGACAGCACCAGUCCUCCCUUCUUUACAGGACUCCGAAUGGUCGGCGACCCACAUUACCUCUGUGGGGUGUAAAACUUUCAGGAAGAGAAAUUUGUUUCGAACACGUUUUCUUGAAAAGGGAUCUAAAACGGUGACAAACAGUUCGUUCUGGGUCCUGAUGGUGAUCUGGGGCAGUGGAGCUGGUCUCUUCAAUGCCCUCCUCACUCUCCUCCCACAGAUAGUCUGCCCCUUCGGCUACUCCGAUACUGACGCAGGGUUGUGGGGUGCUCUGAUGAUAUUCUGUGGACUGGUAGGGGCUACGUUGGCUGGGCUCCUCAUCGACUUCACUAAACUGUUCAAAGAAGUGGCAGUCGUAUCUCUCGGUCUCGGCAUUCUCAGCUUCGUCUGGUUCACUGAGGUAUUUACCAGUCACAAUGAACCAUACCUCAUUGGAGCUUCACUCUGUGCAUUCGGGUUCUUUGCACUCCCGCUGAUCCCGGCCUGCAUGGAGCUGGGGGUGGAGAUCACUUACCCCGUCGCCGAGGCAACCAGCUCCGGUCUCCUCUGGAGCGUCGCGCAGGUGAUGGGUAUAGCCCUGCUCUUCCUAGGUCAACUCCUGGAGUCUGAACUCCCCAGAGACCAAGUCGAGAGAGCCAACUGCCAGGCCACAGACUCACACACCAACUCUUCCCUACCAUGCUCCUCCUCCUUCUACGAUAGCAACUCCACCAUCAACACGGGAAAGACGGUCACUCCUUACGACUUUACCCACGCCAUGUUCCUAUACCUCUCACUGGUCACUUGUGUUCUGGUCCUGAUGGUUGUUGCCUUCCACCCAAAGUACCGCAGAAUAAGUGCAGAGAAGAAGGCCAAGUUCGAGGAGUCCGUGUAUAUCCAGUCGAACAAUUAGUGGGUCCCCGUCCGUUAUUUUUUAUCACAAUUGUAACAACAUUUACGCGGGUUGCGUGAGAUUUUGAGCGGGAUACGCGCGCGAAUUCGGCGGGCCUGUACUGUAGGAUCUAGAUAUGGCAGGCUGGCGGUGCUUGGUGGAGGGGCUGGAGCGGGAGGAGAAGAAAAGAUGGGGAAGUCUUCCAGCUGGAGAGGCUCUCUACGGCACUGCCGGGUUCAGGGACAGGGCUGACAGGCUGGGGAGAGUGGUGUUCAGAGUUGGAGUUUUGGCUGCUCUGAGAGCCAGAGCUACCAGAGGCAAGACCGACUCCUCACUGGCUUGUCUACCACUAUCCAACUAUGUUUCCCCUCCUUUCUCUUCUCUCUCUCUCUCUCUCUCUUCCCCUGCAGCCAGUGUCGGAGUGAUGAUCACCGCCUCACACAACCCCGUCCAGGACAACGGAGUGAAGGUAGUGGAGCCGCUGGGAGAGAUGUUGGUACAAGAAUGGGAGGACUUUGCCACUCGACUCGCGAAUGCAAGUACUGAGACUCUGGGGAAGGUGGUGGAAGAGAUAGCAGAGGCAGCUGGGCUGGACCCUGGCCUUCCCUCCAAGGUCCUCCUCGCCAGAGACAACAGACCGAGCGGUGAUUGCCUCAGAGAGCUGUUAGUAAGCGGAGCAGAAUUGGCGGGGGCAGAGUGUAAUGAUUACGGUGUCCUGACCACCCCUCAGCUCCACUACAUGGUCCGCUGUGUCAACACAGGAGGCAGAUAUGGAGCUGCAACUGAGGAUGGCUACUAUGACAAACUCUCUUCCGCUUUCCAUCAGAUGGUGCCUGAGUGUCCGGAGUCUCCCUCGCUGGUGAAGGUCGACGCCGCUAAUGGAGUGGGCGGAGCCAGCAUGAGGAAAGUGAUGGGAGGAGUGAGGGGGGAGUGGCUAAAGGUGGAGCUCUGCAACGACGGCAGUGGCAUCCUCAACGACCAGUGUGGUGCCGAUUUUGUCAAGUCAGGGCAGAAGGCUCCAAAAGGGGUGGAGUUUCUAGCCGGAGAUCGCUGCGCCUCAUUCGAUGGUGAUGCCGACAGAAUUGUCUAUUUCUGGAAAAAUCAAGGUGACCUCUUCUCUUGCAUUGAGUAUCAACCAUUCUCUGUCUUUUUGCAGAUGGACAGUUUCAGCUGUUGGAUGGGGACAAGAUUGCGUCUCUUGCAGCCCUCUUUAUUCACGAGCAACUCCAGAAACUUCCGUUCUCUCUCUCCCUCGUGGUGGGGUAUGUCUGGUGUGCCGAGGGGUAGCCUCACCAAGCGGCCCAUCUCACUGGGUUCUGUUGUGAUUCCCCCAGGAGUCGUACAAACUGCCUAUGCUAAUGGAGGAUCCACUGCCUUCCUGGAAAAACUAUUGGGUGUCCCCGUUGCAUGCACGUCUACUGGAGUAAAACAUCUUCACCACAAAGCCGCAUCGUUUGACAUCGGGGUGUACUUUGAGGCAAACGGUCACGGGACAGUGUUGUUUGGCAGCAGAGCGCAGGAGAAGCUCUCUGUCGCCGCCAAAGACGCGGGGGUGUCGGAGGCUGUCCAGCGUGCGGCCAGUCUCCUGUACGCCAUGUCUCAGUUGGUGAACCAGGCAGUGGGGGAUGCCGUGUCCGACUUGCUGAUGGUGGAGGCCAUCCUCAUCCACAAAAAGGUGGUGAAGGAUCGUAUGGUCGUGAAGACGACAGAUUUCGAGCGGAACUGUGUGAGUCCUGAGGGACUUCAAGAGGCCAUUGAUACUCUGGUAGCCAGUAAACCCCGUGCUCGAUCGUUUGUCAGGUGCUAUAUACAACAAUUGAAAUUGCAUGUUUCGUGGCUCAAAAUCUCUGAGGUCAAAAGGAAAAACAGUGAAAAUAGCAGGUGGGUGUCUCACAUACAGCCAUCUGGGACAGAAGACGUGGUGAGGGUGUAUGCAGAGGCUGAGACUCAGGCACUGGCGGACGAGCUAACCGUGCAGGUUGCAGCCAAAGUCUUUGAUCUCGCCGGCGGCACCGGGGAAACGCCCACACGCUCCAAUAACUUUUUAUAGCUCGGCAGCGCUGCUGCGCGCUACUAUUAUAGCGUCCUUUGAUCAUAAGCUGUUGAAAUGCAAUUGGAGUUU